AUGGAUUUGAGAAACGAACAGGAUGAGGCGAAAAGAGAAACACCUGCAGUCACGUGGACAAGAGCACCAGAAGUGGAUCAGACCGCCAAAACGUCGGGCCAUGAGCUGACGGAGAGGCUGCAGCAGUGCCAAAGAGACCGCCAGGAAGUGAACCUGAUGCUCCACACCGUAACUCAAGAUCAGCGUGUGCGUCCUGCUGUGUGUGUAGACCCCAGGUGCAGUGUGUGUCCUGACGGCUGGCUGUGGUGGGGGGGUCACUGCUACUUCUUCUCAGUGGGACAGCAAGAUGAUCGUAGCUGGAUAGAGAGCUCAGAGUUCUGCCUGCAGCUCAACAGCAGCCUGGCCGUCAUCAGAGACCCCGCAGAGAUGGAGUUUAUCCAAGGUGUGAUGAGCCGGUUCCCCCUCUUUCCCUUCCUGUGGGUGGGACUGACGGACGCUCAGCAGGAGGGGCUGUGGCUGUGGGGGGACGGGGGGGACGUCCAGCAAUACAUGCCGGUGACGGUGGAGUGGGAUGCUGAAGACAGGGACUGUGCAGACCUGCGGGGGGGCGGCAGUCUCUUUGCCUCCAGCUGUGAGGCUUACGGACCCUGGGCUUGUAAGAGAGGCUCCUGA